GACGGUGUGGGGUGGGAGCACAGCAAACAUAUGCGGUCCAAGCUGCGGUUGGUGUCGGAGCGGGCCGCAAAGGACUUUCCCAAUUGAGAAACAGGCUUUCGACGUAUCAACAAUCGAGCUUCUUCACUUCCUGUCAGUCAUGUAAUUCACCGGAAAGCAGACGCCCACGGCAGAAAACUAAAGAAUGUGAGGCGAGCGAACGCCACUCGCGAUUUCUCUGUAACUCGGCAAUCCUUGGACACGCAUCAACAUGCCAGCACGGGUGCGCAAAGCACCGCUGAGCGAGCGCAUUCAGGCCCAUCUCGACCCCUAUGACCUUCUCCUCUGGCUGUCGGAACUGCUGAACGACGACACUUUUGAGGAAUGGCUGAAAGGAUGGGCGACGCCGAUCGGGGUUGGCAUGAACAUCGUCUUCAUCAUCGCUAGAGCGGCAAGCAAACCGGGAAGCUCAAGCGGCUACGAUGAUGUGUUCGGGAGCAGUGAUUUGGAUGGGCGAGGUGGAUGGCUGUCUUGGUUGGCCGCGUUUCUUGUCCAUCUCUUGACCUUGUUCUGCUGCUGGAAUGCUCUGGCCACAUUCAUGCGAAAGAGACAUUACCGGCUCUUCGAGCAGCCAGUCGACGAACCCCCGGCCACCCCCUCAGCACAGCGAGUGCGCGUCGACAGCUCCCCUGCAUCAUCCCCUCUUCAAUACCUGAAGAACGUGGUAUCCUCUGCCACCGCCACUACCCGCGCAUACCCCGACCCGGAACGAGAAGUCUGGCAACUCAGCGUCUGGGACCCCAAACCCUUCCAGCUCACCCUCUUCACCCUCUUCUCCCCCGGCCACGUCCUCCUCUACUACGCUCUCCUCCCACCAACACCACAAAACCCCAGGCCCUCCGUCGCCGUCUUCACAGCCGUCCUCUUCGGCGCCCUGCUCUCCCUCCAACUCGCCUAUCUAAAAUCCUCCUUCAGCCAACAAGCAAAGGACUCCACCCUCGUGCACGGCGAAGUAAUGCACGAAUACGACACGAAAUUCGUGCGCCCCUCCCUCAACCGCCCAGUACGCGACGUCGGCAUCCAAACCCGCGAAUCCACCCUCUCGCCCCGCGGCACCCGCACCCGCGAAGUCGACAUCUACACGCCCACAACCAUCAUCAACCGCGGCUUCCGCACAAACCCCAACCCCAACUACGCCAGCCAGUACGACCCGGAUGACCUCGCCUCCUCCCGCCCGACGCCCUCGCGCCGCACCUCAGACAUAAGCUUCACCACGCCGUCUCUCACCACGCCUGCCAACGCAUACUCCCAAACAAACCCCGGGACGACAACCUCCACGUACCGCUCCGCAGCAACAACACCCUACUCCCGCCAAAGCACAGGCGGUGCCUCAACCGCAGCAGACUUCUCCUCCCCGCUGAAAGCCCACCACUCCCACCGCCCAGCAGAACCCGCUCGCCAUAGAAGCGCCGGCGGCGACGGCGGCUCCAUGGGCGUCUACAGCCACGCCGCGAGUCCGCUGCGCAAAGCCGCGAGUGCGAAUCACCUCACGGGACGCCUGGAGGGCGGCGGCAGCAGCAGCAGCUCGCACCACCGGCCGGGCAGUCCGUUGAAGCGCGUUAGCACGCCUGGGGAUGUGGGUGGGGGAGGAGCAUUCGCGCGCAGGAGGGACACUGGGCGUAUGUAGAGUUUCGUCUGGAUGUCUCCUUCUCGGUAAGCGAGCGUGGCGAAGUCAGGCAUUCUGAAGCAUGAAAGAAGCACAUCAUGACCGACGUGGAAAGGAAGAGCAAAAGCAUGUAGUCAG